GUGUAACUGGGCUAAAGCUGGUAUAUAUAUGAAGUUAUGUGACACUCUGUUUGGCUGCUGGAGCAAUCAACAUGAGCUUGAUCAUUCUGCUGGCACUAGUAGGAGCUGCUGUAGCAGCACCCAGUGGCAAAGAAAGAAUCAUCGGAGGCUCUGAGUGCGUUGCUCACUCACAGCCAUGGAUGGUGUCUCUGCACUAUGGCUACCACUUCUGUGGAGGAGUGCUCAUCAAUGAACAGUGGGUGCUGUCUACCGCCCAGUGCUGGUACAAUCCCCACAGCAUGCAGCUUAUUUUGGGAGAUCAUGAUGUCCGUGUGUUUGAGGGAACUGAGCAGCUUCUGAAGAUACAAAGUAUUAUCUGGCACCCCAAGUAUGACUACAAGACUCUGGACUAUGAUAUUAUGCUAAUUAAGCUGUUCCACCCAGUGAAACUGACUGAUGCAGUGCAACCAAUAUCUGUGCCAGAUGGCUGUCCCUAUGAGGGAAUGCCGUGUACUAUCUCUGGCUGGGGGUCUCUCUAUGCUGAUGAGUUAUUCAUGCCAUUUCGUCUUCAGUGUGCUGAUGUCCCAGUUGUGAGUGAUCAGGAGUGUGAGAAGUCUUAUCCUGGUUUGCUGACUCGUAGAAUGCUGUGUGCUGGCCAUAAGGAGGGUGGCAAGGAUGCCUGCUCUAGAGAUGCAGGCAGUCCACUGGUGUGCUAUGGAAAGGUACAUGGGCUGGUGUCUUGGGGUCAAGGCUGUGGCCUGCCAGGCUACCCUGGCGUCUAUGUCAAAGUGUGCGAGUUCCUCUACUGGAUCAGAGAUGUCAUGGCCGCAAAUCCUUGAGAGUUUCUUUCUCUAUUCCAACUGCUUUUGGUGCUCAUCACACUCUUUAUUUCAUUGUCCACCUCCCACUCUUUUUCAUCCAUGUGUCAUCCUGUAUGUUUUUUGUUUCCACUCACUCAUCAGAAAAAGUGAUUUUUUCAGAAAAAGUGAAAUUCGGAUACAUCAAUAAAAACACCCCUGCUGUGAAAGUGACUUCAGUGUUUAACACAUAUCUAACUCCUAACUGACUUUAGUACCUGUAUGUACAGUAAGCUUUUGCUAUCAAACCAGAUAUAGAAAAAAUGUGUGGUCUAGUUAUAUUUCUAGAAUAAAUUUUAACUGUUGCAAGUAGAA